GACCAGAUGUAAAUCUUUACAAAUUGUGCUCAACAAGAUGUGACAAGCACGCAUGUUAGGUGUCUGGCCCACUCUGUCGCUUUUAUCCAAUGACCGCAACCGGGUGCUGUGGUAAGACAAAAGCAUCUCGCCAAGGCUGGUUGCCCGCUUCGCCAGCGCAUCCUCUCGAUCACGACAGUCCACGUUCACAACUCAGACUGCGUUGCAUAGCGGCCAUGCAUUGACUUGCAGCAGCUCCAGUAAAGCAAACCUACAAUGUCCGAAUCUUCGGCGAAUAUAAGAUUGACUAGCAGCCCCUACGAGGCGCAUUCGCACUCGCACCCUGCUGCCCAUCUCCCGAACCACCAUGCUGCUGGUGUGGCGGACUCGAACGCUCUCCCACCAGCAUUGACACCGGCCACCACAACAAGGCAGUCGGUAGCAUUGGGCGUCUUCUCGACGCUCUGGGCGCACAACUCUGCGUCUACCCACGAGACCGUGAACAUCGCGAUACCGUCCAACGCAACGUAUGCCGACGCCCAUGAGCAACAUCACGAUCUGGCGGCGAGUACAGGCUCAGUGCCCAGUACGACUACAACAUUGACGAACACAUUGCCACCGUUACAAUCUGCUGCAAUUCGUGCGCUCAAUGCUCCCGCAUUCCACGCCCCGAGUAAGCCUGCGAAAUCCACAUCUAGCAAAACAACCAUCACAAGUCAGCCAGUCGUAGUGCGAACGUAUUCAGGAUCGCGUCAUACUUCUAGGCCAGGCUCUGGCUUCAACACCCCGCGCUCUUUCGCCAUGAACGGCAACUCGAAUGCCUCUGCACUGUCCGCUGGGUUAGCGCGCCAGAACGAACAGCUGCCUGCCAUUGAGGACUUCUCGUUCUCGGCGAUCCUCCGUGCAGUUGACCCAGAAAUAAGAGACGCCAUCGAUGCCAUUGCUGAAAUCUGUGCCCGGAGCCGAAUGAGUCUGGCUAACGAAUACGACGCACAUCUCCCUCCACAAGGUGAGAUAACAGGCACGGUGCCUGGCUGGGCUGCCAGCACAGGAGCUCUAGCAGGACGAGGGCGUUUGUCUCGAAUUAGUCAAGGAUGGACGGCUGCAGAUAACACGUUGAUGGCCGUACCCGAAGCAAGCAGCUCGAGCGAGAGACUGGCACAAGAAGGUAGAGGCACAACGGCUGGAGGCAAGAAGAAGAGGAGCCAGUCUGCAUAUGGCAGCUUGAAGAGCGUUAUCAGUGGCGGUAGCAGUGGAAAGAGAAAUUCAAUUGACAACAACACCUUCGAGCAGCCUGAAGCUAGCAGCUCAUGGCAAGAGGAACAGCAACGACCACAAGGACCGGCAUGGACGAUCAGGACCGCAUCGCAGACCGAGGAUCACCCAGCCAUCACCCUCGACACUACACCACAAGCCUCCAAGCAGCUUGCAUUCGAUGCAUCCGUGCUCCAGGACUUGCCGGAGACUGACAGCACAUGGGGCCUGCUCCCGCGGACUGCUAUAUCCCAACAAAGACAUCGCCGCAAUUGGUCGACUGCCACAUUCUCUGUCAGCCAAUCUAGCUCAAAACCACGAUCGAAGACAAUCUCCUCGUUGGCAUCAUGGCUGCCAUGGCCGCGUACAACCGCCCUGGACCAUGGCACGCAGCAAGAGCUCACUAAAGCGGAAACACGUUUACGUGAGAUGCUAACGUCUUCGCAGAACAUUGGCAAAGGAAAAGCGACCGCGGGCGCUGUAUGAGGCUUCGCUCAUGUUGAUUGUAGUUGUACUUGUUCGAACUACGUGUCUUGUGAUGAUACCCCAGGGCACAAAGGCACAGAUACAUCUUGGACUUGUACAUGCAUGGACUGCAUGCACAUCACGAUUGACGAGGCUGUACUGUAGCAUGGAAUUACGAUUAACGAGGUAUGAUUUAUGAUAAACCGAU